UAUUAUUAACACACACACAGGCAUGAUGGAGAAGGGACUGAUGUGGCUCUAUUUAACUGCCUAUCUUGUGUUUAUUUUAGUUAUUUUCAAAGAUGCAGCUGCAGUAGAACUCGAUAGGGAGAGUAUAAUGAUCAAUGUGACAACAGUGGGAGAAACAGACGAAGCAAAGGUCCUACAGAUUAACUUUAACAUCUCAGCAGUUGACGACCAAGUUUAUGUGAACAACAUACCAGUCAAGCUUUCUGGGGUCACAAGAUUAAACUGCAGCGCACAGCUUUUGGAAGGUGGAAACCUCAGUAAGGCAGAGGAACCAGGUCGUUUUGUGAUGGUCAGUGUUCGUGUGCUGGUUCGCCAGUGGCCUUUAGAAAGCGAGCCUGUUGUGCAUCUCCUUGUGUUUAAUGAAGAGGUGACUGAAGUAGAAGGAAAACAGGUGCAGCAGGCAGACAUGUAUGAAGUGAAUAUCUUUAUGAAUAAGGAAUUCCAGAAACUUAGGCAAUCCAGCUACUCCUACCCUAUGAAGGAAAGCAUAUUAAACAGCAUUCCCAGGCACAGCGACAUCUUAUUUACAGUUCCGAACCUUCCAGAAAAAGUAGGUGAUCAAAGUCCUGCUCAAACAAUGACAACUAGUCAUUACCCCUUCAAACAAGCUGAAACCACAGUGGAAGAAAAGGCAACUCUUGGCAAGCUACCUGAGACUCCAUUGAGAAUGACACCUGACUUCUUGUACAAUGAAGAAACAGCAGAUGAAUAUGGACCUGCUGGCAAACUGCCACAGAUCCCCCUGAGAUCACAGCCACUAUCUUCCUAUAAUGAAAUGUGUCGGUGGGUGGAGCAGCUGAGAGAAAGGCUGCGUCGUUUCUGGACUGAAUCCCUCCCAUUGUUCUUCCUGUUCAUGUGGGUGGUGGUGGUGGGUGUUGUUGGAUCAGCUAUCAUUGUUAAAGUCCUUGACCUGCUUUUCCCAACCUGCGAGCAGAAGGGAGAUUUAAAACUUGAUCCUGUUACAAUGGUGCCGUUGGAAUUGCCUGUGGAGGGUAAACUUUUACUUCUGGACCACUUAGAGAUGGAAACAGAUGAAGAGGUUACAAGCCCUUAAAGAUAACUUUUCAAGUAGUGGUCAAUAAUACCACUUUCAGUGGAUCUUUUGUUACAGAAACACUUUGACCUCCACUCAGAAUACUUGUGGAUGAUUAAUUUCAUUAGAGAACAGUACGUUCUUUUUUUUAGUUUCUACACAUUAGCACAAAUUGUAUUUACAGUUCUGAUUUGAAAAAAAAAAGUAAAAUAAAUAUUGGUGGCAAUUUAAUGAAUUGAGCUUAAUCCAUCAUACUGCUGUAUUUAUUUAGUAUAAUAUAGAGUACAACAUUCCUUAUUGCUAAUUUAUAACAAGCUGAAAGGCUUCUGCAUACCACCGUUUAACACACCCAAUACAUUAACAUUAUUACCCAAUAACUACUCUAACAUCAUAGAAAUCAGUUUCUAAACACAGCCAUUACCUGUAUAAAUGGUGUAGACCACAUUUGUACAGGAUGCUUGGACUACUGACACCAGAUGAAACACAGUUUAUUAUUUAAUUUUUUGUCAGCAUACUAUACAUGAUAACAUCGUUUGGGGGAAAAAUAGUCAAAUAACCCUAUACUUGGUAAGGAAUUCAGUAUUUAAUACCUUUAUGUAGUGCAUAAACUACAAUUAGAAAAUGGAUCUGAGAUUUCCUUUAACCUGAUUGGUCAAUAGGAGGGCUUAAAUCUGAUAAAAUCGCUGACCUCGAAUGUCAUCUUUCAAACUAUGUUUAAUCACUGUACAAAUCAAUCCACCUGAAAAUACAUAAACACACUAUUCGUGUAUGUUACCUUUU